CUUAACCUUUUUCCCCCAUAAUCCUCAUGGCCUCCAGAGUCUUUGCUACUGCCCUGCGUGCUGCUUCGCGCCGCGCUGCCACCAUCCGUCCCACUGCUGCUGCUGCUCGUCCCUUGUCUGCUUUGGCUACUGCUAACUUGAAGCAGUCUGCUGUCAAGGUUUCGGCUGCCUCGCAGAUCCGUGGCUACAAGACCUUGAACUUUGGUGGCACCGAAGAAACCGUCUACGAGCGCUCUGACGUCCCCAAGGAAAAGCUCUUGGAAACCUUCAAGGAUGAUACCAUUGCCGUCCUCGGCUACGGUCCCCAAGGUCGUGGCCAGGCCUUGAACUUGCGCGAUAACGGCGUCAACGUCAUCAUCGGUCAGCGUGAGGGUAAGACCUACCAGCAGGCUAUUGAGGAAGGCUGGGUUCCCGGCAAGAACUUGUUCCCUGUCUUGGAUGCCGUCGAAAAGGGUACCGUUGUCAUGAACCUCUUGUCCGAUGCCUUCCAGAAGGACAUCUGGCCCCAGAUGAAGCCUCUCCUCACUCCCGGCAAGACCUUGUACUUCUCGCACGGUUUCUCUAUCAUCUACCGCGAUCAGACCGACAUUGUUGCCCCCAAAGAUGUUGAUGUGAUCUUGGUCGCCCCGAAGGGUUCCGGUUUCACUGUCCGCCGUCUAUUCCAGGAGGGCCGUGGUAUCAACUCGUCCUUCGCCGUCUACCAGGAUGCCUCUGGCAACGCCCGUGACCGCACUAUCGCCCUUGGUAUCGGAAUCGGCUCUGGCUACAUGUACGAGACCACCUUUGAGAAGGAAGUUUACUCUGACUUGUUCGGUGAGCGUGGUGUCUUAAUGGGUGCCAUUCAGGGUCUCUUCCAGGCUCAGUACGAAGUCUUGCGUGCCAAUGGCCACUCUCCCUCUGAAGCCUUCAACGAAACCGUCGAAGAAGCCACCCAGUCCCUUUACCCCUUGAUCGGUGAGCGUGGUAUGGACUGGAUGUACGCCAACUGCUCCACCACUGCCCAGCGUGGUGCUCUUGACUGGUGGCGCCCCUUCCACGACGCCUCCAAGCCCGUCUUUGAGCAGCUCUACGAAUCCGUCAAGAAUGGCUCGGAAACCGCUCGCUCGCUCGACCGCAACUCGCAGCCCGACUACCGUGAGCGUCUUGAGGAAGAAUUGGCAGAGAUCCGCGAGUCUGAGAUCUGGCGCGCCGGCAAGACUGUCCGCCAGCUUAGACCCGAGAACGUUGGCAAGGACUAAAGGAGAUCAUUGCCAUUGCACACACACACACACACUUACACAAAACGCACAUCUCUUUUUUUCUCCCUUUAUCCAUAAUCUCCUCGUUUUUCCAUACACAUUGUAUAACUAACAAAAGUUCCCUUUUGCUUUCUUUUUUCUUAUCCAAAAGAAUUCCCUUCAUAUUUACUCUCUGUCGCUAUCACACUAGCAAACUUGUUCUUUUUGCAUCAACAUCUUCUUAUGUAUAAAAAAUGUUACCUUCGUUUUUAAUUCGCUUAAAAAAAGUUAGGCUUACAUGAUUAUUAAAGCCGCUCAACCCAAUAAG